AUGCAGUUUAAACCUUUCACUUGGGCAGCCCUCCCGGUGCUCCUCCAGCUGGGCUCACUGGUGAAUGCGGCAUCUCCAACAAACCGGGUGAUUAGAUGCAUGAAAUCCUACUCAGGAAAUGGUCCAUCUCUCUCUAGCGGAAAUGUCUACCAGACCGACUUUGACGGUGUUACCUGGGAUGAGAAUAACUGGCUCCUCACCACCACCACCUUGGAGCAGGGUCGCUUUCAAUCACGAGGUUCCAUCGCCAACGGCUAUCUCGGUAUCAAUGUUGCCAGUGUUGGCCCUUUCUUUGAAAUGGACCAGGAGGACGAUGGCGGUGAUGUAAUCAACGGGUGGCCGUUAUUCUCUCGGCGCCAGUCGUUUGCGACGAUCAGCGGCUUUUUCAACUCACAGCCCAACACGAACAAGUCUAAUUUCCCUUGGCUCUCCCAGUACGGCAGCGACAGCGUUAUUAGCGGCGUUCCGCAUUGGAGCGGUCUGAUUCUGGAGCUUGACAACACUACCUAUUUGGAUGCGAUGGUUGAUAACUCUACCAUCUCCAACUUCACCUCAACCUACGACUUCCAAGGAGGCCUCCUGUCCUGGUCUUAUCAAUGGACGCCGAAGGGGGACUUUGGAUCGUUUCAGAUUAAGUACCGCCUUUUCGCCAACAAGCUCUUUGUCAACCAGGCCGUCGUGGACAUGGAGAUUGUUCCGUCCCAGGACUCCAAUGGAACCAUCGCCAAUGUCUUGGAGGGAUACUCUGCUGUGCGAACGGAUUUUGUUGAUUCCGCCGAGGACGAUGGUGCCAUCUUCUCCGCAGUGCGACCAAACGGUAUCGCGGAUGUCACGGCCUACGUCUAUGCCAACUUGACAGCCACUUCGAAUGUGGAUCUGUCUUCGCGAAAGCUCGCGGGCAGCAAGCCGUACGUCAGUAACAAUCACUCAUCAAUUGUCCAGACUGUACCCGUGAUCUUCAAGAACGGUCAGAAAGUGCGCGUCACCAAAUUCGUCGGUGCUGCUUCAACGGAUGCCUUUGCCAACCCCCAGAAUGUUGCUAAGGCGGCUGUGUCCGCUGCGGUCCAGAAUGGCUACUACAGAUCCCUUCGUUCCCACGUUACCGAGUGGGCAAGUGUCAUGCCUGUGGAUUCAGUCGAUCAUUUUGCCUUUCCUAAUGGUACCCUGCCUGAUGAUAGCCACAUCAUCGAUUCUGCUGUGAUAGCAGUGGCCAACACAUACUACCUGCUGCAGAAUACUGUUGGCAAGAACGCCAUUCAGAUGUCUAACAGCACUAGACUGAACCGAGACAGCAUCUCUGUUGGUGGACUGACAUCCGACUCUUACGCUGGCCAAGUCUUUUGGGAUGCCGAUGUCUGGAUGCAACCCGGCCUGACUACUGCGCAUCCGGAAGCUGCUCAGCGGAUAACGAACUACCGCGUGGAUAAGUUUCGCCAGGCACAGACGAAUAUCCAAACUUCUUUUGCUGGCUCCCAAAACCAGACCGCCUUUUCUCCUGAGGCUGCUAUCUUUCCUUGGACCAGUGGAAGAUUUGGAAAUUGUACCGCUACUGGCCCUUGCUGGGAUUACCAGUACCACCUAAACGGUGACAUCGGCCUGUCAAUGAUCAAUCAGUGGGUUGCUAGUGGUGACAACAACACUUUCAUUGAGAGCUUCUUCCCAAUCUAUGACUCGAUUGCCACGCUUUAUUCCAACUUGCUGGUUCAGAAUGGAUCGUCUUGGACACUCAAGAAUAUGACCGAUCCUGACGAGUAUGCAAACCAAAUCGAUGCUGGUGGCUUCACUAUGCCGCUCAUUGCCCAGACUCUGUCGUAUGCCAACGGCUUCCGUCAGCAGCUUGGUCUCGCAGAGAACGAAACCUGGAACAAGAUGGCCGAGGAUGUUCUGGUUCUCCGUGAUAACGGCGUAACUCUCGAGUUCACGACUAUGAAUGGAAGUGCUGUUGUGAAACAGGCUGAUGUUGUUUUGAACACUUAUCCUCUGGACUAUAAUGCUAAUUACACCCCGCAAGACUCGCUGAAUGACCUUGACUACUAUGCGAAUAAGCAGUCGCCUGACGGCCCUGCUAUGACCUGGGCAAUUUUCUCGGCUGUCGCGAACGAAAUGUCUCCUUCCGGUUGCUCGGCUUACACGUAUGCCCAGUAUGCCUAUAAGCCUUACGUUCGGGCUCCGUUCUUCCAGAUGUCGGAGCAGCUCAUCGACAAUGCCACUCUCAAUGGUGGGACUCACCCGGCAUUCCCCUUCCUGACUGGCCACGGUGGUGCCCACCAGGUGGUCCUGUUUGGCUACCUGGGCCUGCGUCUGCUCCCUGACGAUGUUUUGCACGUCGAUCCCAACCUGCCGCCGCAGAUCCCCUACCUGAAAUACAGGACGUUCUACUGGCGUGGAUGGCCUAUAUCCGCGUGGUCCAACAGCACCCAUACCACCAUCAGUCGAGCCUCUAAGCAGCCUUUGGACACUGCGGAGAGCCGGUUCGGAAAUCAGCCGAUCACCGUGCACGUCGGCCCCGAGUCAAACUUUACUAGCUACCAGCUGCCUCCAGGCAAUGGAUCCCUCGUCAUUCCCAACCGUCGGAUCGGCUUUGUGAGCACUUUUGCUGGCAAUCUUGUGCAGUGCCGGCCCAUCCAGUCCAUGGACCCCUACGAGCCAGGCCAAUUCCCCAUUUCAGCGGUGGACGGCGCAACAUCCACCAAAUGGCAGCCUACCUUCGCAGACAACGUCAGCGCAGUGACGGUUUCCUUCGGCGAUGAGGCGGGUCAAAUGGUCACAGGCUUCCAAUUCGACUGGGCCCAAGCGCCUCCCGUCAACGCGACUAUCAUCUUCCACAACGAGAAGCUGGUAAACCCGGCCCAGGCUUUCGCAUCCGGCCAGAGCACGAACUUCCAGAUCGUGAGCACGAUGAGCAACGUCGACCUCUCGAAUCCGUACGACGAGGAAGCCUCUAAUCUGGACGUCAUCACCAUCCCCAUCGGCAACACAACCAACGUAACGCUCCCUACCCCCAUUCCUGCUGCGCAGUAUGCCUCCCUCCUGAUCGUGGGCAACCAAGCCCUCGACCAGGUUGACAUCCAGGCCCAGAACGGCACUGGAGCAACUGUCGCUGAGUGGGCAAUAAUCGGCGAGAGCCGAAAUAGCUCUACGGGCAAGACCUCCAAGCGGAACAUGAACGUCCGCGCUGCAGCUGCGAUAGCCGGAUCGAGGUCGUCCCGACUAUGA